AUGACAAUCAUACUUAUCAUAAUAACACCAAUCAUACUUAUUAUAACAAUCAUACUUAUUAUAACAAUCAUACUUAUUGUAACACCAAUCAUCAUACUUAUUAUGACAAUCAUCAUACUUAUUAUAAUAACAAUCGUCAUAAUUAUUAUGACAAUCAUCGUACUUAUUAUAAUAUUUAUUCAAAUAAUAUUGAUUAUAUGA